GGGUCAGUUGUCACGGGAUAUCGGACUUCCGCUUGAAGUCGAAAAUGGCUUCCGGGACGAUUGAUAUCCGAUUUUGAUGAGAUAAGAAAAUCUUAUAAGAACAAGCCCAUCAUUAUUGUUCGUAUGUAAUGAGAAUCUAAAUUUUGAUCAGGGUCAUUUGCGCUCGGAAUUGAAUUGAUCAACCUAUGGCUUAGUCCUUUGUAUUUAUUUAAUUCCAGGGACAUGUUCUGAGACAAACAGCCGAGAACACAAACACGGGAAUUCAAACACCCCCAAGUACUAAGAGGCAACUUCGAGUGUUGACACCAACUUCAUUGGAAAAUCCUAUGAUAACACCUAGGGAUUCUAGAAGGAGGAGAGUCAAUACAACCGAAGCUGCAGCAAAAACCCAUGGGGCAACAAACAGUAACAUCAAACCAGCAUUGGAUGGGCUUUUUGACACUCUUCAAGGAAAGUGCAAAACCAGUGAGUUAGGGGACUAUGUCCUAAAGGACGAAGAGCUUGCAGGUUAUAUAGUUAAACAAAUUCAAGUGGCUAGUAAAGUUAAAGUACUCAAAGCAAAGCUCGAAAACCAAACUCUCUGUCAACAGACAAAAAGGUCUAAAGUUACAGAUUUCAUUUCCAAACAAAAGAGCCGCCAAGAAUUUCAACCCAUGCUAGGCAAUUUUAUUGACAAAGCACACGUUGAGCCUCUCCAUCUCAAAAACAAUGCCUGGCAGUACUUCUUUAGAUCUGUCUUAAAAGAAGCAUUAGGAAAAACCUGCUUACUACCAUCUCAUAAAACCUUUGAAGAAAUACCACCAGACAGUUGUUUUGCUAGAGUUAUUAAUGCACUUCAACAUGAAGUAAAGACCAAACGGCUAGCUAAAAGAGUAAGGCAAUGGUAUAAUGAAACCCAAGGCAAAAAAGGAGAUCUACAAUAUAGAUUUACAGGCAAAGAAUCUCGCCUUUUUUGUCAUAACUUCAUGCGACUGUUGAAGUAUCUAAGCAGUGAGGAAGAUACUCCCAAGCAAAAACAAACUGUCUUGGCACUAGUUUAUAUAGGUAUCAGGUUAAGAGACUGCUGCUCUAUUUUCAACCGCCUUGAUAUCAAUGAACAAGAUAUUGCAAAGCUAGAAGUUGCUGCCAUUGAGUAUUGCCAUGCAAACAAAUUGUUUUUUCCCUACACCAUCAACCCGAUUAUAUGGACUCUAGGUCAUGUACUUCCCGUGCAUGCUAGAGAUGUAUUUUCAAAGUACCAGCAGGGACUCCUAACAGUGACAAUGGAAGGUAGGGAGGCAAAACAUAUUGCAUUGCAGAGGUUAAGUCACAACACUACAUACCAGUCUAGGUGGCAAGAAAUCUUUAGGCAUGAAUUUAUUAUGCUAGUCUUGCUGCCUGAGCAAGGCCAUCAGCCCUGCUCUUACACAGAAAGCAAAGAUGUUUAUAUCCCAGAAAGAGUCAAUGAUCCAGCUUAUUGCUACUGUGGUCUGCUGAAAGCUUCCCCAGCAAACACUCAUUGCUGUUUCUGUGGGGACAAACUAAUGACCCUAAUCCAUGAGUGUAGUAAAUAAGAAGUACAGCCCAGGCUUGUCAAUGUAAAUGUAAUAUACCCCUAGUGACUGUGUGAAUUUAUUAGAUAGGUAAAUUGGAAUUGCCUUUGGAGAAUACCAUGCAGUAAUUAAAAGCAUUCUAGUUAUUGCACAACUCUGUCAUUCCAGUUAACGCACAGGGCAAAAUUUUAAUAUUUUGGUGAAAUGCAUAUUGGGUUCAUUAUUCAAUUCAAGAAUGCAUUCAGAAAUCCAAUAUUUGAAUCGAACUAGCUAUUAGUAGAGCUAUUUGUAUAGAUAGGUAGACAAUUACGAUAAUACAAUAACAAGUAAGGCAAUAAAUUAAUUUAUUUUGAUUUAAAUUGUUAUCAAUUUUGAAAUUCUUUAUUCCAGUAUAGAAUUUUAAUUAUAUUCUUAGUUUAAAAAAAUAACAGAAGUUAUAUGAAACAAUUCAUUACGUAAAUAUUUCUCAGAGAAAUGAUUGGAUAAAAAGAAAGUAAUAACAAUGCUAUUUAUUGACUUGAAUAUGUUUAUUGAAAGUGGCAAUCAGCUCUAAAUCAUAUUCCAAUCGUUAAAUGUUUGACAAUUUCCAAAGUACAGUAGAAAUAGUACUUAUUAAUAUAAUUAAAUUUAAAUUAAAUUUAAUUAAAUUAAAAAAAGUUUGAUAAGACUUCCUGCUAUCACAAAUAUGUUUAACAUUGAAAGAUGUUUUUACAUUAUUAUUGUAAACUAUACACUGUAUAAUAAAUUUAUUUUUUCAAUCAA